UCGCGACCGUCGGAUCCGCCUCCCGAACCCUAGCAAGCCAAACCCCUGCUACUUAAUCCGCGCACUCAACCCCGUCACCGCCGCCGCCUCUCCCCAUACCCUCGCCGUCUCCUCUCCCACGAAGCGCAGCUCGUCGAGAUGGCCUCCGAGGCGGCGAAGGUGCCGGUGCCGGAGUCGGUGAACUUCAAGAGGAAGAGGGGAGAGGUCUGGGCCGCCGCGAAGAAGCAGAAGGUCGCCGACGAGAAGAAGAAGGACGCGGAGAACACCAAGGUCAUCUACGCCCGCGCCAAGCAGUACGCCGGGGAGUAUGAGGCUCAGGACAAGGAGCUGGUGCAACUUAAGCGUGAGGCCCGGAUGAAGGGUGGGUUCUAUGUCAGUCCUGAGGCAAAGCUGCUGUUUGUCGUCCGUAUCCGUGGUAUCAAUGCUAUGCACCCAAAGACCAAGAAGAUCUUGCAGCUUUUGCGUUUGAGGCAGAUUUUUAAUGGUGUGUUCCUUAAGGUCAACAAGGCCACCAUUAACAUGCUGCGUCGGGUUGAGCCAUAUGUUGCUUACGGGUACCCUAACCUCAAGAGUGUCAGGGAGCUGAUCUACAAGAGAGGUUACGGAAAGCUCAACAAGCAAAGGAUUCCUCUGACCAACAACAAAGUCAUUGAGGAGGGUUUGGGGAAGCACAACAUCAUCUGCAUCGAGGACCUUGUGCAUGAGAUCUUGACCGUUGGCCCACACUUCAAGGAGGCGAACAACUUCCUGUGGCCAUUCAAGCUUAAGGCACCACUCGGUGGCCUGAAGAAGAAGAGGAACCACUACGUUGAGGGUGGUGACGCUGGUAACCGUGAGAACUACAUCAACCAGCUUGUUAGAAGGAUGAACUAGGUUGAAGGAGCUCCUUGAUAAUACCCUGUGUUGGAAGGAUAAACUUGUUUCACAUUAGGAAGCGGAUGAUGAAUAUGCAUGCGUUUUUUGUAUUGAGAACUAGACAUGUUUGGAUGAAAUCUCACAUUUCCCCUAGAA